GCGCCAAGGGGUGCAACGCAAUCACGCCGAAUGACGUCACUCGGCGGCGGCGGCAGCGACGACGGUGCCUCACUCGCCGCCUCACUUACCUCACCGCUGUGCGCGCAGUGGUUGUUGCCGUCGACAUCGAAGCAUCCCACCGUUCAACCAGCCGUCGAGACAAAAGCGCGUCGCGAUAAACACGACGAUUGUUUCACCGGUGGGCACCGUUAUUCCGAUUGUUCAAUUGUGCGGUGGACAACAUGCCGGACAUUAAGUAAGCGCCCGAAUGGCGUGUGCGUGCGUCGCGCGCCGCUGUAAACAACCGCAGCUCGGUUUCUUCAGCAUCUACCAGUGAGUGCCCCCGCGAGGCGGCACAGGCCAGUCAACAUUGAGGAGACGACGACUGCGUGCACGAGCGUCGCCAGCAUGCCGGAGCAAAGCAACGACUACCGCGUGGUCGUCUUCGGCGCCGGCGGCGUCGGCAAGAGCUCGCUCGUCCUGCGCUUCGUCAAAGGCACCUUUCGCGAGAGCUACAUUCCCACCAUCGAGGACACCUAUCGUCAAGUUAUAAGUUGUAACAAAAACAUCUGCACACUGCAAAUCACCGACACAACUGGAUCACAUCAAUUUCCGGCGAUGCAACGGCUGUCGAUCAGCAAAGGGCACGCGUUUAUUCUAGUCUAUUCGGUGUCCUCGCGCCAAAGCCUAGAAGAAUUGCGUCCCAUCUGGGAGGUGAUCAAGGAGGUGAAAGGUCCUGAUCUCACCGCCAUUCCUAUCAUGCUGGUGGGCAACAAAUGCGACGAGAGUGCCGAACUGCACGAGGUGAGCACCACCGAGGGUCAAGGCCAGGCACAGCAGUGGGGUGUGCAUUUCAUGGAGACGUCGGCCAAGACCAACCAUAACGUCAAGCAGCUCUUCGAGGAGCUGCUCAACCUCGAGAAGUCGCGUAAUGUCAGCCUACAGGUGGGCAACAAAACUACGAGCCGUAUCGCCAAGGACAAAUGCGAGGUUAUGUAAGAAUCUAUAUGCGUAGGCAACCCAACAUACACUCGCGCGCGUUUGGUAGAAAACAGAUGGGUCACACUCAGGUAACAGUUUCGAACUUUAUAUACAGCAUUAUGUUUGAGGGCGUUAGGUUGUUGCAUUUUCGGCGCACUUUAGGUCUGUUUCGUGCCAAUUUUUAGCAUCUAAAACAAGCGAGCAUUUCGUGGCGAAACAAAAGUGCCCAUUCGAUUCGAGCAAUGAAAUUCGGCGCAUUUCUUUGGCUAAAAACGUGACAAUAUUAACGUACUAAAUAAUUGUUUGUUCGAAUGCUUUGACACACACACACACAUGUAUUUAACUUUUCAACGUUUAGUCCUUCGAACUUGUGUCGACCUUGUAGAAGCAAAGUAAAUGAAAAACUAAAUCGAAACAAACGUGCGAACUUACACAAAGAAAAUUCAACGACUUAUCGUGUAGUAGGAUUUGCUUCUGGCUUUAACUUACCACACAUCACGAGAGCUACAAAACCUCGUAGAGCAUCUUUCUUUCCUCAUUAAGACUGAUUUCAUCAUGUUGAUUAAUGAUAUACGAGCCUAGGACGUAUUCAUCACAAUCUCAUACAUACACACAUACAUACAAAGAGCGCGUGUUUUUCCAAGUGUGGCGUCGAAUGUUCCUCCUUUUCAAAAUGGCAACUUGCAAUUUGGGUUGCCUGAUUUACCUUGGAAAAGCAGCAAAUUAUGACAUCGAAAAAAUCGAAGAAACGAGGCCUACCACAUAAAAAUAUUCAACAGGAAAUAAUGGUGCACACAUCCAGAUCCAUAUCGUUCCAUAUCCCAUUACGAUUAUGACUAUGAUUAUCGCGUGCACAUAUUGCAUAUAUUGAUAGCGUACACGACAAAACAAUUGAAGCCUAUUCACACACAACACAUACGCAAACCAAACAUAACAUUCGCGUUUAACAUAGAGAUAAAAAGAAUAGAUAAACAUAGUUAAAACAGUAAAGAGCAUUAAUAGCUGAUAAUAUUCGCAUAUGAUAUCUUUUAUUAUCAAUUUCAUCUUCAUGAUGUUCAUUGUCAUCGACACGGAAUUGUAUGCAGUACGCACAGCAGGCCAACGUAGGCACCUUCUUUUACACCCUGUUGGUUAAAUUAACACAUAACUAUUUGAGCAUAAAUAUUUAUUCAACGUUUAAACUAUCAAAACUUCGUCCAUUCGUUUACUUCAAUAGCAUUGAAUUGAUUGAACUUGUUGAUUGUUCUAGCGCAAACGUAGGCAACCAAGUAUACGCCUAAUUGAUCUAUGAGUAUUGAUUAUGUUAUGUAUUUUAUCUGUAUAGUAUGCACUCACACACACAUGCAGAAACAACAAAGACCGAAAUUGUACAUUUUAACGAAGAUAACCUUGUGUAAUAAUGCAACGAAAUAUUAUUAACGUAUUAAAUUAUAUUGAAACAAAUGAAGCUAAACAGAAAACCUUUGAAGAGAGGUGAAAACGUUAUUAGAUUGUAUAUCACAUAUUAUUAGAUGCUAUAACUUACUAUUACAAUAUACAUAUAAAUAUAAUUAUAUACAUAUAUUACUAUAUAUUGAAAACAAUUGAUGAAACGAAUACAAGAGCAACACAGAUAAAACAUACACCCACACGCCGAUUUCGCGUGUGUUGAUUGGUUGAAUGAUAAGCAGUAACGGAACAAUCAGUAGAGAUUUGCUUUAAUUAACUAAUUACUAAUGAUGAACCGAUCGAUUUCUCGCGUAUAUUACAUUAAUAUACACAACACCACUUGAAUUGUUAAACUGGUUGCAUAGCUUGUACCUAAUGUACGUUGUAAAACACAUUUCAAUUGGUUUGUAAGGCAAGUAGCCAUCACUUUUGUAACGGACUGAGAGUAAACAAAAAGAACUACCAAACUAUUGGUUCAUUGAGCGUAGCAGCUAUAGGAGCAUUGUAAAUACGAGUAAAUUGGAUGAUCAAAUCCAGUGCUGAAUAGUGCUUUCUUUUCGACUCUUUUUAAUGAAUUUUAAGGCUACCAGCAUUGUUGGUUGCCUACAUUCAACGAUAAUGUUUACGAAAAAGAUUUAAAAACUUGUUACACAUAAAAAGGAAAUCCAUCUUCACAUCUAGUGGAUAUUAACAUCUCUCGUAGAGCGUAGGGAAUUUAUUAAUGAAUAAACUAGACCAAAAAUUAUUAACGAAUUAGACACACACACACACUGAUAUACAUGGACACAGCCCACAUGCGUACACAAGAAUACUAUUUAUAUACAUUACUACUUAUUGCAUUGUGCAUUUGUAUUAUUAUCGAUUGUAAUAUCUAUUUGUAUUUUUCAAUGCCCGAUACAUGAAUAAAAUUGUAAACACACACACACGCAGUGCCGCCGUGUGGAGUAUGUAUGCGGCGGCACGGUUAUUACGGACGAGAUUCUAGAUUUUAUAAUAUUGUUUUUGUUUUUCUUUUGUUGUUAAAUGUGCUAUAAUAAAACUAUUAUCACAUUAA